AUGAAGACACGAGGCUGCGCAGACCCUGCAGGGCGUGCCAGAAGAGGCCCUUGCCUGUGGGUAAACGUGGGGAACCUGCUGUUGCAUGCACUGGAUGCGGCUGUUGUGCUGUUGCUGCUCGCCGCUGUGUUCAUCGCGCCCUUCCCCGCCGGCGAAAAAGCAGCGGAAGAGUUGGGGUGUCUGUACAGCUGCCUCGCCCCCCCUCCUUCUUCAGCCCUGCAGCAACGGCAGCAACAGCAUCACCAUCAUCAGCAACCGCAGCAGCAGCAUCCUUUCACGGAAGAGGAGGCAGCGGCAAAGAGGGGCGGCAGCCUCUGCGCUCCUCGAAGGUGCACGAGCAGCCGCGUGCCUGCAGCCGCAGCAGCAGUUGCCGCUGUUCGGCUGCUGCAGAGCAGCAGCGGCGCUGCAGCAGCGGCAGCAGUCCACAGUCACCGCAUAGCUGGGGCUAUUCGAGAAGCGGCUGGAGCGGUAGGAGUGGCGGCAGGGGGGGUGGCUAGCAGAGCCAAGGCGGCAGCCAGCGUGUUCGUAGAGAAGGCUCUAGUGCAGCACUUGCGCAUGCAGCCUCGGGGGCAGCCAAAGCUGAUGCCAGGGGGCCCGAUACUGCUGCCGUCUCUCCCUCCCUUUCUCCUGCCUUCCCCCCACAGCCGGCUGCAGGGGUUGCUGGAUCUCCUGCCUGGGUUGCUGUUGAGUGUCUCCUUUGCUCCACCAGGCCCUCGCCCUCGCAGCAGCACCAGGACUAACAGGGCAGUCAAUUUUGUAUCUGAGGUUCCGGAAGGGCUUAGCUACCUGCUGCUAGUCCGCUGCCUUCUGCUGCUUAUUUUUGCCGUCGCGUAUCUGGCCUUGCGGCGCAGCUGCGCUGCAACUGCAGCAGCCGCUGCAGAGGCGCAAGAAGCGAUGGCAGCGGCAGCAGCUGCUGGACGGCAAGAGUCUUGUGGGGAGGGCGAACGCAGGGGCCUGCGCCGGCGCAGCAGAGCUGUGAGAAGCUCGGAGAGCAGUCCAAGCGACGACAGCAGCACAAGCGAUUGCAGCAGCCACAGCGCCCGCAACAAGAGCGCCGACAACAGCAGCAACAGCAUGUGCGUCCUCUUAGGCAAGCAGCUCUGGGGAGCUGAGCGACGAAGACAGAUGGGCCGCAUUGCCGCAGCGAGGGCUUGGCGGCUCUCUCUCUUUUCCUGUCUCUUUCGCUUUGGCUUCGCUGCCGCUGCCCUGAGUGUUGCGCCUCUCGUGUUGGAAGCGUCUGCCUCUCCCUCCGCUACUGCUACUGCCGCCGCACUGGCUGUUGUUUGUUGCCUCCACGCCUCAGCGCUCCGCUGCGAAUACAAAAGGCGAACUGCGGCUGCCCGCCAGCUGAACAGCAGCAGCAACUGCAGCCAUAGGAAGAGAACCCCACAGAGCAGUCAGAGGUGCUCGUCCUUGUUUCGGAUGCAACAAGGGGACUGCAAAGGCAGCUCGAUCUGCUGCCGCUGUGUCUCUACAGUUUCAGGCCCUGCCGACGCCCUCCCCGGCGCUGAUGCCAGUGGAAACUCGGAUGCUGUACCUCAGCAGUCUAAGAAGCCUAGCUGCAGCAGCAGCAACGGCGUUGUCACUGCUGCUUCUGCCGCUUCCUCUUCUUCCCCGUCCUCGUACCGCCUCCGGGCUGUCGCAUGCGUUUUUAUAGGGGCAGUGGCAGCUGCUGCUUUUGAGCCGUCCCUCGUGGGUGCCCUGAUGCCGGUGCUGCUGGCUCUGACAGGGGGGCUUUGCGCCUAUGAAGGCCAGGAAAAGGGCGCUGUUUGUGCAUCACAUUUGCACGACGGCUGCAAUAGCAGCGGCGGCAGCAUCAGCAGCAAGGGGGUCAAGUAUUUGCGCUUGCUGUUGCUCCCCCUUCUCGUGUUGCUUUUAGCCGCAGCUCUCGGCUUCGUAGUGGGUGCGGCAAUCGCUGCAGCUGGAGAGAUCGCGGCCUUUGGCGAACCCCUGAUCUUGCAGCAGCAACAUCGGCAUGUUUUCACCGUUUUAGUGCAGCGCUUGCGUCAUGCAAAGGGGGUGUUGCUGCUGAGGUUGGGGAGGCCGCUAGAGCUUGUGCGGCGCUUGCUGCUGCAGGAGCAGGUCUCUUCGACUUUGGGCUGGAGAGCGGCAGACAGCUCGACAGGCUCCACAGUUCUCGCUGGAUCGGGAACUCGCGGCAGCAGCAACAUUGCGUACAGCCGUCACAAAGCGAUGCAGGUGCUGUUGUGGCAGCAAGGGGGCACCGAAGGGGGGCUGAAAGGGGCGGGCCCUUUAAGCCUACAGCAGCUCUUGGCACUGUCCCCUGGCGGCGAGCUGGCAUCUUCGUUCGGAAUUUUGCUGCUCUUGCCGUUGCUUCUAUUCUCGCUGCGGCUGUUGGCGAAGUGCGUUGAGGUGUUGUGGCUGAGAGGCCCUUUCCUGCGGGCAGCCACGCAAGAAUGCGACGCCUUAAACGCAAGCAGCAAAGAUAGAAGCGGCAGCAAAUGCACUGGCCGUGAACUUUGCAAGUCGGAGGGGCGCCUGUCAGAAACUGGUUUGCUGCUCAUCGAGGAAUCUCACGGGAAAUCUCAUGGGAAAUCUCAUGGGGAUUCUUCGAGAGGCUCUACUGAUGCUUCUAGCACAUGCACCCGCGGCGAAAGCAGCGCUUGCACCACCCAUGCCAGAAGCUGCAGCGGCACCAAGUGCGAACGCGAAUGCAUCACACCUAGCCUUAUCCCAUGGUUUCUAUGUGGAGAUUUGGCUAUUCCUUGGCUCGGCAGUGCUGUCCUUCUGCUGCUGACACGGCCACACCCAGCAGACACGGAGGGCGAGCGGCAGCAAGCCGGUGAUCUGGUGCCGCUGCUGCUGCCGUUUUGUGCAGUGGUGGCAGUCUGUGGGGCCGCAGCAGGAGCUGCCUUGCUGCAGCAAAUCCUUUUAACGGUUGAGCCAGGCUCCUGUGCUUCUCGCAUUACUCGCGAAUAUGAUUCUUCUCCGUCUUCCGCGGAUACGCCUGCUGAAAGUUCUUGUUUGGGUCCAUCUGCAGCAGGGUCACACGCUGCAGCCAUGGAGGCUGUGUCUCCCGCGCUGCGUGACGUGCUUAUGCUGCAGGAGCAGAGGCAUCUAUCCACCAGCAGCACACCCACCAUUGCAAGCAGCGGCAGUUGGCACGAGUCGGCCGGUCCCCUGAUGCUGAUGCACGCAGUGUCUCUACGGUUGCCGUCUCGCGCUGCCGCUGCAGCACUCCAGCUGCGUAGGGCCUCUUUCGCAUGCAUUGAGGCAACCCUGAGGAAAAGCCCCACCCUGCGCCGCAUCCGCCGAUUGGCUGCGCGGCAGAAAGAGCUAGCACAGCGGCUGCUGACCCCCCAGGCAGCUGCCGCUGCUGUGCUCGGCGUCUUGCUGCUGUUGCUCUUUGUUUCUGCCGCUGUAACGUCGCUAGUCCGCCUUGCCGCUGUGGCAUACCUAUCUCCUGGAGGGCACGCCCUGCACGCACUCGAGAGGAUGCUGCUGCACAAGGCAUACCUGCAAGCGCCUGGAUGUGACGUAAGCGCAGAAGCAACGCACAAGGUGGAAGCCCUAAGGGCUGCAGCUGCUCCUGCUGGUACGUGGGGGGCAGCAGCAGUGCAGACCCUCACCGUUCCCUCAGUUUUCCACCAGCUCUACGACGCCACGCUGUAUCCGGAUACCGGGGAGGCCGUGCCAACAGCAGGAGCUGUGAUUUAUAGCCGUUGGAUUGCAGCAGCCGCUGCUGCGCCUCACUCCGCAGCGGCAAUAGCAAGGGCAAGCCGUGCCGCUGCUGCGCCUCUAGGGACCCUGGAGAACCUUUUGCAGCCGCUGCACCCCUUCCUUGCAGUAGCACAGCGACACCUUUCCCCGAAACACCACGAAGCUCUCAACGCAGCUGCAUGCACCCGCGAGGUGCUCGGCACCCACUCUCACUACUUCCAGACGCCCGGGUCGGUGCAGCAGCAGCAGCAACAACAACAACCGCGCGAAGCCGCGCCGUGCAGCAUUUAUGUUGCUGCGGAUGUCGCGUCUCUGGGAGCUUCGCCGUUCGCUGCGCCUCCCCCAUCAACGUGUGCCGUUCACUGGGGUUCAUCAGAGGACUUUUUACAAGCUUUCCAGUCGCGGAAUUUCACGUUCCUCCUUACAGCCACCCCGCCGGAUGAGCUUUCCAGUGCACUCGGCGUCAGUAAACGCAGUGAGCGCAGCGCCAAAGGGCAUUAUUGCUUGCUUUUCGCUGUGGCAGGGUUGGCAGAAGUGCGGUUUGACGCGUCGCCGCUGCUAAGACUGCUAGGCCUUCCAGCUGCUCCUUGGCUCUUCUCCCCCCAGGGUCCCCGGCAAGCGCAGCAGCAGCAGCGGUGGCGUCAGCUGCGCCUGAGAGAAAGAGACUCUCAGAAGGCGACGUUCCUUUUGUCUGUGUCUCCCUCGGCCUUCGUCUACUAUAAGGCGGGCCCAAAGCCCCCACGGAGGCACUUUAGGGGGGGCGCUAUGCCACAUCACCAUUCGCAGCCGUGA